AUGAUGCAUGUUGAUAAUGAUCUUCCAGGCGUGUUCUUUAUUGAUGGUCCAGGUGGAACUGGAAAAACAUUUUUGUACAUUGCCUUGCUUGCUGAAAUUCGGUCACGUGGUCUUAUUGCUCUCGCAACAGCUUCAUCAGGUGCAGCGGCUAAUAAUAUGCCAGGAGGUAGAACGGCUCACUCGAGAUUCAAGAUUCCUCUUAAUCUUGAAAAUAAUUCAAUGUGCAAUAUUAAAAAACAGAGUGGGGCCGCUAAACUGAUUCGCUCUUCCAAAAUAAUCAUAUGGGAUGAAGCGUCGAUGGCUAAACGACAAGCGAUAGAGGCAGUCGAUGGUACAUUCCAAGACAUUAUAGGUGUUAGUCUCCCAUUUGGUGGAAAGAUAAUGGUUAUGGGAGGUGACUUCAGACAGGUGUUGCCGGUUAUUAAACGUGGCACUCGAGCACAGAUUGUAGACUCCAGCGUACGAAUGUCACCUCUUUGGUCUUUGACUAAGAAGAUGCGGUUGACCAUAAAUAUGAGAGCGCUGAAAGAUCCAUGGUUUUCUAAAUUUCUUUUAAGAGUCGGCGAUGGAACUGAAGAACCAAUCGAAGGAAACUAUAUCCGCAUACCCGAUGACAUGACAAUUCAGUGCAACAACAGAGAAAACGCUAUAAAAGAAUUGAUCCAUGCCAUCUUUCCAUCAAUUGAAGAUAAUGUAUAUUCUUCAGAUUAUAUAAUCUCUAGAGCAAUAUUGUCCACUAAAAAUGAUAGUGUUGACGAGAUUAAUAAUCAAAUGAUUGAAAUUUUUCAAGGGGAGGAAAAAGUUUAUUACAGUUUUGAUGAAGCUGAAGACGAUCAGCGCAACUUCUAUCCGGUCGAGUUCUUAAAUUCGCUAAAUGUUAGUGGUUUGCCGCCUCAUAAGCUUCAUUUAAAAAUUGGAUGCCCAAUAAUAUUGUUACGUAAUAUCGAUCCAUCACAUGGCCUGUGUAAUGGCACGCGGUUGAUAUGUAAGGGUUUCAUGCGAAAUGUUAUUGAUGCGGAAAUUGCAGUCGGUCAACAUGCCGGAAAAAGAGUUUUUUUGCCAAGAAUCCCUCUAACCCUUUCUGAAGAUGACAUGUUCCCAUUCAAGCUGAAAAGAAAACAAUUUCCAAUUCGACUUAGCUUUUCCAUGACGAUUAAUAAAGCUCAAGGUCAAACAAUUCCGAACGUUGGUAUUUAUCUACCGGAUUCUGUAUUUUCACAUGGACAACUUUAUGUCGCGUUAUCAAGAGGGAUUUCAAGACAAAGUACGAAGGUGUUGGUACAUCUCGCCAAAGAAUUCAAACAACGCGGAGUUUACACAUCAAAUGUUGUCUACCAGGAAGUGUUGCGUGAUUAA